UAAUUUUUUAAGCGUCCUGAAUAUAGUUAAUUCGAUCACAAACCAACCAGAAGAGAAGAUCAUGCCAACAAAUUAUCUUCAGUUCGUGCAGGUGCGCGGCAGAAAGAUCCUACAUUCGCGGGCUAAGCUCCCUCCUCCCUCGCGCUGUCUCUGCUUCCAUUCCUACCCAAUAGCUCAAUCGAUCUCUUCUCUUCUCCCCGGGGAAGAAAUGCGUGCACCUGCGCGUUGAUCGAUCGACUUUUGAUCAAGUCUUCCCGCGCUCCCGAUCGAUGCCGCGACGAGAUGGUUUUCUUUCUUAUUUUGCCCAGCGAUCCUUUUAAAUUUGAUGCUUCCAUGGUGGCAUGCCGGCCAUGAAUGAAUCCGUGAGACAAGGAUAAGAUAGGAAUUAGUAUCGACCGCAUCGCGUCGCGGCGGCGGCCCGGCCAUGUCGGUGGUGUCGACGUCGGCUCUGAGCUCGCUGGAGGCGGUGGUGAGCUCUCUGAUUGGAAGGUCGGGAGGAGGAGACGAGACGCAAACAAAGGACGACAACGAUGUCAGCGACGACGCCGUCGAUUCCCCACCGCCGCCGCCGCCGUUGCCCGUGCGGCCGAACGCACGAGGCCGGCUCCCGUCGCUGCCGAGGGUCGCCGGAGCCGCCGCGGCGCCAUGGACUCCGCUGUCAUCACCCUCACCUCACAAGGAGGGCGCCGCGGAGGUCUCGGCAGCAGUCAUGGCGGGGCUCGAGAGGAAGGCGGCGGAGGCGGAGGCGCGGCUGCGGCGGAAAGAGGAGGAGAACACCGCGCUCCGGCAGCAGAUCGAGAGCUACCACAUCCGGUGGCUGCAGCACGAGAUCAGGAUCAAGUCCCUCGAGGAAGCGUUCCACGAGCAACUCGCGUCUCUGCAGAUCGAUCUCGCGUGCACGCAGAUGGUCCGGGACGCCGCCGCGCGGAGGGCCCGAGACCGGGAGUCGUCGCUGCCGCCUCCGCCGCCGUGCUACCGCCAUGGCCGGGUCUCCGGCGAGCUUCACAGGAAGACGUCCGAGGAUGUGGCAGCGAGGCGGCGUGGCGCGGCGGGCCGACUCGGCGAGGAGUUCCGGCGGGGGAGCCAGGCGCUCGAGAGCGGCGCGGCAGCACUGGAGAAACCUACCAGACCGCCCUGGCAACCCGGCGUCCCGAACGCCGACGCCAUGGGUGACCUGAAGAAGCUCGGGACGCAGUUCCGCGCGUGGAAGAAGGAGUACAAGGCGAGGCUGCGCAAGGCCAAGGCCGAGAUCGACAGGAACAGGAGGCGCCGGAGCACCUGCUGGAUCUAACCAUGAGUUGGGCUUGGGCUACGCUUUGCAUCAUCUUUCGAAUCCGGCCCAUGAUCUCAGGUUCUCAGUUUUUAUAGGCAGUGGUGUAGCGGAAUCAGGAACUUUUCAAAAUGGCUCGGGCAAACCGGAAUCAAAGUGGCUAAUGCCAUUUUAUCCCGCGAUCUCAACAAUGUUGUAAAGUACUUAUUGUUGUUGGACGGAUGAAGUUUUUGGCCCCGAAAGUUAGAAUUUCGAGACAAGAAUACCUCAAAGAUACUU